AUGGAGUUGACGUGUUUUGCGGUAUUUGUGUCGUUUUUAAUUAAACUAGCGUUAUGUGUUCCCGAGGACCCGGUGAUGUAUUUGCCUUCGUUUGAAGUACGGCCGGUGGACAUGAACAGUAGGAUGUAUCCGUUCACGAAUGCGCACAACCAGCGUUUGAUGCCGCAGCAGCGGAUUCUUCACACGGCCCCAGGGUCGGCCCACCAGUCACGCCCGAUGGAAGCUGUGGCGGAGAGGGCGGACGAGCACGACGAUCACAAUUUUACGGUCAACGACAUUGUUGAAGCUUUGAACGUGAUAGCGGAGCAUACUGACGAACAUCCUGAAACUCGAGGCGCUAAGAAGGAGUUUGGGUUCCCUCAACCAUUGCCGUCACCGCCGACGUCUUACCCCCCGUAUCAACGUCCGUACGGAGCUACGCAACCACAGGGGUACGGAUCGUACGCGCAGACGCAGCCUGCAUACCACGAGCCGACGUACACCCCGCAAGUCCACGCCGCACCAAAGACAGUGAAGCCCCUCCUCUCUGGUCUUCUGAAGCCCGUGUCGACCAAAGUGGCGAGUAAGUUGAGUGGCUUGCUCGGAUUAGUGCUAGCUCUGUUCUCAGGCUCCUCGUCAAAUGGCUUAGCUGCGGGCGGGCUCAAAGAUAUUAUCAUAGACGGCAUAAUUAAGCCGCUUCUCAUCGCCAAGGGCGGCAUAAAAUCCCUAAUAAGUAAGUUAUCGAUCCCAGUGAUAUCUUUGUUGUUAAUAAAUGUGGAAGUGUUGAUUACAAUAUGGUGGUUAUGGGAGGAAUGUCCUGAACCAACUUAUUCAUAUUCUAAGCCAUCUUAUGAUUAUAAUAACAAUAAUAAUUAUCAUACUAGUGCUACUUAUUAA